AUGCAACUCGUCCAACUUUUGCUCUUUUUUGUUCUAAUUUCUGUUUUGUCUGCUUACGACUGGAGGGACGGGCAACUUCCAUUGGAAAGGCUUACUGUGGCUCAGAGUUCGACAAAGAAUUCGGAAACGAAGGUGAGAAGAGAGAGAGAGAGAGAGAGAGAGAGAGAGAGAGCAAAAGGAUAUUUUCAUUUUCAGACUGAUCAUCAUGUUCCGAACAACUCAAACUUCCCGCCGCACAACUAUUAUCACUACCGUUCCAAGUAGAACAUAACAAGUUUUGAUCUGAAAGUUCAAAGUUUCACAACAUGCUAUCUUCCCCUCAGAUUCUCCAAUUACACUUAAAAUGGCUAUAAUAAACACUUACAAAGUCAGAAAAGUGUUAUUUUCUCCCAUUGUUUCAGAUCGAAAUUCGGACAUUCUCUUUUCCUCCUUACUUUAGUCAUUGCUCUCUUUGCCACGUCAUCAUCCUGGAUCACCGAAACAAUAAGCUAGAAGCUACGGAAAACAGGUGGAACUGUGUGAUUUCAAAACUUAUUUUCGGGAAAACUUUGAGAUGUUUGAACCCAUCGGUUGUUUCAGAAAUAAGAGAAAACGAUGUGAUCGUGCGCGAGAGAACUUCGAUUAAUCUGCUUGACUUCAUGAGAACUCUCCCCAGCGAGAAAGAUAAUUAAAUUCUGCAGUUUAGGGAAAGUUGAGCCAGUCUCGAGAUGUUUUUGGCGUGCCCUCCGAAAAGAAAGAGCAGGUGAAGCUCAAGACUACCGUAUCCUUUCGCCACUUCCAGCUGCUUUUUCGGGAAAACUGUUGUUGAAGUGUGGCAGCUGAAUAGCCGAGCUCUGGCAUUCCCCGCUCAUUCUCCUCCUUUCCUCGUUUCUUCUCAGAAAACAUUCCAGACACCACUUCAUUACAGUUAAAAGAAACAACCGUCUAGAGGUGUCGUUUCCAGUUCACCUCGUCUCGUCGCCGCGAUGUUUUUAGUGGCGACACGUGGCGGACUCAUCCUUCUGCUGCUUCUGGCCACCCUGAUAACUCCGACGAACACGGCCGUCAGCGAUGAAGACACCAUCAUUUACGACGAUUACACACCCGGUCAGUGAUUUAGCGACUUGCGCGGGAAAAAGGGGAGGCGUGCUGAAAAGGCAUGGGAAGGAGCGAGUUUUUAGAUAGAAACGCGUUGUUGGAGGCACAAAAUGAAAGCCAGCUGAGCGAGCGUUAUCAUACUAAGUCGAACUGUUCUUCAGAGACUUUUUAAUGAUAUUCAAAAGCGAUCAUCUAGUUCUCAUUCGUCAUUUCUGUCUGUCCUAACUGAAUUCCCAGAUGUGCUCAUCAAGACACAUUGAAACCGUUUGAGCUCUCAUUCGCUCCUUUUUCCGUCGUUUUCCCUACGUACGAAACACUUAGUUUUCUGUUGUUCUUCCCACGGAUCCGCCGUGAUAACAUGUCGGAGCUCGGGCCAACAUGCCAUUUUCACUCCUAAUUACAUCUUCGAAAUGACUGAACAACAAUUGGAAAAGCUGCCUGGCUGCCUAGCAACCUUCAUCUUUUUCGUCUUUAAUGUUUGAUUUCUGUGAAUGGCCCACUCACCCUUCACCCUGAUUACCUUUUCUUAUACUUCAUAUCUCAUUUCGACCACAUUCUAUCUUUCUCUCUCUUUCUCUUUCUCCGUUCCAGCUCUCGUUGGCAUGGGAAAAAACGAAGUUGCAAUUCAUUCCGCAAUUUUCUCGCUUCGUUCACCGCACCCUAUAAUUAUUCUUUUUUCCCGCUCAAGUUACGUCUUCUUCGUAUCAUCUGAAGUAUGUCUUUUGAGCCAGUUCGCUCUGCCGCAUCGCGAUAUGUCGGUGGUGUCGGACGGCGCCGUCGUCGUCUCGGACGGAGUCGUCGAGUCGACGACCAUCCUCUCGACGCUGCUCACUACCGUAAUCACGACGCUGGCAUCAACAACAACGGCAGAAUACCACUCGACGCGGUACCCCCCUCCGAAGAACUGGACUCCUCCGAACACGACUGCCAAGCCAAGUUCGUAACGUUCGUUCCGUGGACAAACAGAGUAUCUUCUCAACUGACGCAUGCUACCGUUGCUUGAUUUUCAAUUAAAAUAGCAAAGAAACACAUUGAAAAACACCUGUUUGUAAUCACGAGCGUGAGUAUACGGUAGAUCAGGUGAAACUUGGUGAGCGAUUCAAAAAACCAAAGAGCUUCUGCCGCUCCGCUCUUCUGACACAACCCCUCAAUUUGGUUGGCGAAAGAAGGCGUUGAACUGAGAGAGAGAGAGCCUCUUUCGGUCGGAAUCUCAUUUGCGGCUGAGCCGCUGCCUCGGCUACAGUAGUCUCUCCUUCGGCUUCGUCUUCGAGAGCAGAGGAGCAUAGCAACUAACUGCCAGGUUAGCCUUGUUUGCCGCGCGUGCCCGCCUUCCCAAACUGCCCCGAGAGUGUGUAAAGAGUCUUCGGGAGGAGUGCAAGGUUCUCCAACUGAUAGCCGCCGCCUCAUCGCUUUUAUUCGUGGGCUUAUCCGCGAACAACUGACACUUUGUCCAGCCGGCCGGCGGCUUGGUCCGGAACCUCUUGAAUCUUUUAAUAAAUGCGACCGGGUUGCAUUGUUUCACUCGCGCCCUAGCAUGUCAUGGAUAAAUUGAUAGCCUCGUGGACGACUGAAACCUACUUGAAUGGGUUGACUAUCAUCCAGCAGUAUUUGAGCUGGAAAAAAGGCAGUGAAGGUAACGUGCGCAUAACUGAGUUGUUGCUUUUUUCUAUUUCAUUUUCCAUUGAAUUCUGAUCUUUCAGGAAUGGGCAACACGGCUUCGGCAAAACAGGUCGCAGACCAAGUCGCCUAUGGAGUGGUAAGUAGAGGAAGAGAGUGCACGUCUUCUGAAUCACCACUCAGAUCUCUUGCAUCACCGUGGGCGUGCUCAUCGUCAUGCUCUACAUGUCGCUUUUCGGUCAACGCAUUCGAGCGACUGCCGUCCGUUGGCACGUUUUCAACUGUAGUCUGUGGGGUGUGCUUCAUUUGGUAAAUUGAAUUAUCGGUCGCUUCUUACCGUUCUGUCCGCUGCUUUAGAUAUCAUACGCAUCAUUUGCUGACAAGGCACCCUGGCCGAAUUACAUUACCAAUCAGAACUGGAGAGACACGGCCAAACAGGUCGAAUGUUCACCCGAUCCGUUUUCCCUGCCGGAAUGGUCUUUGUGUAUCUGGAGCAGAUCGUGCUCACCAUCGCACCUCGUCUGGCCAACUCGAUCAUCUUCAAUGCGAUCUUCUUCCUUCUCCUCGUCCCAUUCCUCAAUGGUCUCAUGAUAUUCCUCUAUUUUGCUCAUGUAAGUAUACUUCUCGUAUGUCCUUCUAAUCGCUGCCAUUUCAAGUAUAUGGAUGUCGUUUGGUUCUAUGAGCCGAUUGAUCUGUUCAACUUGGUCACAUAUCUGCUCUUCGUCAUAUUCACCGUCAUCUACUUCCUCUUCUGUCUGUUCGGAACCUGUCUCUGUUGUGCCACCAUGACCACGAAGAAGCCCACAUCGGUCAGUUGACAAACCCUCAUCUUCUAUUAACAUUUUUUAUUUCCAGCGGACAACUUCGACAUUCGCCGACAUGUGGCUGCUGUUCCCGUACGGAGUAGUCCCUUCCAUCAUGUACGGACCCUCCUUCGGAAUGACUUCUGUCGGGUUCGCCAUGAAGUAUCUCCUCACUUGGGUACUCGAAAGCGGUCUUCUCACCGGUGGCUCCAGCAGCUCUAGCUCUGACUCCAGCAGUCUGAUCGACAUGAACCUCCUGAUGCAAGUGGCCACCAAUGCCAUUCUCGCCAUGCCCUGGUUCGUUCUGCUCUUCCCCCUCGUCCAAUCUCUCCUCGCCCUCGUCUGUCUUCGAAUGUUCCGUGAGCAGGUGAGUAACAGAAACUGCCGAUAAGAGUCGUGACAUUCGACAGAGCGGAAAGUGAAUGGGUGUAGUUGAUUAUAGAGAGCUGGUUUCUAUGGUGAAUCGGCAGAUGUUUGAAGUCGAGAAAACAUUAUGACGCGGGGCCGAAAAGCACAGUGAAAACCUUAUUAUCGGAGAAUUCUUAUUUUUCCAGUUCUUCUUCAUGAUCUCGUGCGGACGCAUUUUCGAGGGAAAAAGAGCCAAAAUCGGAAUGGUGAAGAGCGACGAAUGGAACGUUUCCUCGAUCGGACCGCCGCCACUCUAUCCGAGUUCUCCGUCCGAAAAGCAAGAGGCCUGAGUGUGUGAUUGCUCGUCCGUUCGCCUUCCUUCCCGGUCCACUGUCCCCCAAAUCUCGCAUUCUGUGAUCUCACUCACCCCGUUUGAUCAACCGAAUAAAUGCAUAUUGUUAAUGGACUUUCUUCAGUUACCUUAUCAUAAUAUUUGCACAGCUUCACCGCUGAUAAGUCGGCCACCUCUUGUUGACAAAAACAACUAAACAUGUGAGAACUGGUAGUGCAGACAGGCGUUCGCUUUGAAAACAGUUUUGAUUCCGGUUGCAUGGUACCAACUGGCACUGCAUGCGAUAGUGCUCGCCUCUUCGGUUUUACAUCCCGUUUCUUUUUGGUUGACGUUGGUGGUUUCUGUUUUUCCAACUCAAAUUAAUUCAUAAACAAGAAUUUUUAUUUGGCAGGUGCAUUGUGACAAUGAGUUCAAAUGAGGUCGACGGACCGAUUAUGGAGGCGCUGCCCGAGGAUGACGGGUGAGUGGGGCACCUGGACGGCCGCCACAGAUGGGCGCUCGUUUGACACUCACCAUUUAUUUUUGAAGCGACCUCCUACGGCGCCAAAUGCAGCUGGAAGAGGGCGACGAAAUAGCAGCCGAUUUGGAGAGAUGGCAGAUCGCAGAUAUGCUGGCAGAUGGCGUCGAGAUCCAAGAAGACGUGGUCAAUGAAGAGGAGGAGGAGGAGGACUACGACUGGGUGACGCCGUUGUCCCGCGAGUACUCCAAGUCAUUCAGUAAGUGA